GCCUGUUUUGCUUCCGUAGCAGAGUAGCAGACGCGGCACACACAACACAACGGUCUACCGUGACCCCCCCUUCCCCCUCACUCUCAUUGGUGCCUCGCCCUUUUUCGACAGGAUUCUGCUUCAGAAAACUGCUCAAAGACCCUGAAGAGAAAGUUUGUUUGGUGUCUGAGGUUCACUGAAGAGGAGCACGUCGUGAACAUUGGUAGAGACCCAGAGAAAUUUGUCUCCCAACUUUGACUUCAUCUCAACGCAAAGUUCAAAUUUCAUCUCGAAACAAAGAUGCCUCCAAUCCUGGGUGGUGCAGAAAAAUGUCCCCGCUGCAACCAGAGUGUGUAUUUUGCAGAGGAAGUUCGAGCAAUGGGGAAAAAGUACCACAAACUAUGCCUCAAGUGCUCUGAAUGUUCCAAAACCCUGGACAGCACCAACUGCAACGACCAUGACAACGACAUCUACUGUAACACGUGCUACAGGAAAAACUUUGGCCCUCACAGUGCCGCCAUGAGUAUGACUGCUGACUCAGGACAGCCUACUGACGUGAGCAGUGCGCCACCUGGUGUUGAUGUGUGUCACCGCUGUGGGAAAGUGGUCUACAUGGCUGAGAGGUGUGCGGGGGGAGCCAAGUACUUUCACAAAAGUUGUUUCCGUUGCAACUCGUGCGGAAUCAACCUGGACUCAAACCGGCUGUGUCUCAGGGAAGAAGAGAUCUACUGCAAAGUGUGCUAUGGGAAGAACUUUGGUCCAAAGGGUUAUGGCUUUGCCGGAGGAGCCUCUGGUCUGUCGAUGGACACUGGCAAGGUGGAUGACGUCCCCACCAGCCACAUCCCAGCCAUUGCCCAGGCUCACACAGCGCCACUGAUGGACAACGGGGAGCCCGAGCCCGAGGGAGAUGACCAGGACUGGACAGAUGACAAGGAGCGCUGCAGCCGCUGUCGCAAAGUGGUCUACUUCGCUGAGAAAGUAUCUGGUGUGGGGCAGGUGUUCCACAAGGCCUGCUUCAAGUGCCAGAACUGUAACAAGAGUCUGGACUCUACCACCAUGACAGAGCACGGGGGCAGCAUCUACUGCAAGUCUUGCUAUGGGAGGAACUUUGGCCCAAAAGGAUUUGGCUUUGGAACCUCCAUGGUCACGGAACAAGCUUAGAGAGCACUGUGGGAUCAGUGGCAUGGUCACCUGACCUGACCAUCUCUGGCAAGCCCCGAAACUUACAUUUCGUCAUCUGUAAUUAUUAUUGAGCUCUAUUUUUUAGUGGAUGAUCGUUAGACUGGUAUAUGGAGUGAAAAUAAGGAAACAAGAAAAUCACGAAUCCAGAAUAACAAGGUUCUAACCAGGGAGUUUCUCACGUACUCCUUCUACAUUGUAUGUCAAAUUUAGAAGUCAUAUUCCUUCAUUUUUUAUGAGAAAACUGUGUUGAUUUUAUUCUUCAUUUGAGGAAUUUAAAAUAGUGUUUGAAACCUUUGUACUCAAAUAAUCCAAAGUGACUGACUGAGAUAGGAACUUGUUGUUCUGGGGUCGCGAAUUGUCGGCACUGACAUCAGAGGACUGUUUCUGUUGUUCUUCUUUUUAUUAAGAAUUGAUGGUCUUCAGCUUUAUGUUUAUCUACAUUCUAGUGAGGUUGCUUUUGUAGUGGCUGAUUCCCCUAUCUUGGAAAAGUUAGCCUUUUUAGUUAGGUGUAGAUGGGACCCGAUGUUGUAAAUGUGUUUUAUGUUGUCCUUUCUUAGCUUGUUUGAUUUUACACCUGCUUUAAAUUGUUGUUUUGCCAAAAAUCAGGAGCAAAGAUGGAUGCUAGCAAGGGAGAGGAAGGGGGGGGGGGGAAGAGGGUGUUAGCUAAGGAUUUCUUUCCUGGCAAAUGGGGAAUAACUUUGCCUCUUCCUGUGAUAUUAUGGCACCAGACAUUCUGUUUGCUGUUUUCAGUGAACAUUCCUAGUGCUGGUUAUUUGGAAAUCUCAGAUUGGUGUGAAGGGUUUUUAUAUUAAGGGAGUCUUUCUCUGUGAGCUUGAAGAGUUUCCGUAGAUGUGUUCAAGGAUUAGAGUUGGGAACAAGUUUCACACUAUAAGUGGCACAGCUACAGUUAUAUUCCUUUUAAAACUUACAGAAGCAGCAAAUAUUUCUGUUGGGGUUGCCCUUCCUACCGUAGAAUUUUGAGUGGUCUUCUCCUCAAAUUAUGAAAAAGUUCUUUUUUAUACUGUCUUCUGUGUCUUGGCUUUUCUUCUGACUGUUCUGGAUUUAUGGAAAUGAUCUAGGUUACCAGAUUCUGUGAUGGAGCGUGGUCAGGCGCUUUGCCGUCACUCACAGGAGACUAGAGUUCGAUUCUUGAGGGGGGGGAAUUUUUAUCGAGUAUCUAGUCUUUCUGAUGAGACGUUGCAUCCCUCUCAGCCUGGGUUGGCCCUGACACGUGGGAUCAUAGCCUGCCUCCUGAAUGAUCUAGUGUUAAUGGGGGAUGCAUGAAACAAUUACGUUUUUAAAAAACCCAAACAUACUUGGUUUUGUCCAUAGAGAUAUGUUGGUUCCUAUCCAAACCCUACUUUAUUGUGGUCAGUAAAUGUUUAUUGUUUUAGUUUGCUCCAGAAUGUCUUGCACAAUCCCUGCCAAAGCUGUAUUUAUUACUCUAAUUUUACCCUUGCUCUAAGAAGCUGUGCACAUUGCAUAAAGUUUUGUCAAAUCCCUGUUUGAUAUGGUUCGAUGCGUUUGAGGGCGGUCCAAUUUUCUCUUAUGGAGGGGCAAAAGCUGCCAUUUUGCCACAGUUUGAUAAAACCCUUCAAACUCAAACAUGUCCGAGUUUGUAGUCCUAAUGGGUUCAUUUGAUGAAAGCUGACCAGUUGGACGGCUACUACACAGUUGAGGUCAUAUCUUUGCGGAAUGCAAUAGGCCCCAGGCAACUUGCCGGUCAAGUUUGAAGAAGCAAAGCAGGGGUCAGUUUGAUAUAAUGUGCGCUGGCUGGUGUCAUGACGCCACCUGACCUGAUUGGAUCUGAUCAUGUAUUUGACCAAUAGGUAUCCAAUCGGUUCUUAGACGUACAUCCUCCAUUAACCUCUGUCUACUUUUGUAGCUAGCAGAGUGCUGUUUUGAGCCAUUAGUGUUUUCCGUUGUCUGACUUUCAAAAUGUUCAACAGUUUGUCAGUUAUUGCUUCAUAUCCGAACAUGAUCUGUGAGAUGAUCUAGGUGUUUGAUAAUGACUUCAGUAUUUUGUAUACGCAGAUCGUUUGAAUGGUUUGUGUAGAACACACUUUACAGUUCGUUCUAUUUUUGUAACACUUGAAUAUUUACACAAGUGAGAGUGAAAAUGAGCCUUAUGUCUGUCCCUGAACUGUUUGUGAAAUUUUAGCUUCACCCAAAGACCAGGGUUUUUCUUGCCCCAAAAUGUUGUGAACAUGAUUUUAGAAUUUUAUCUUUUUUCUUGUACCGACUUUGGCUAGUUCAUUGUGGGAACCACUCAACAAUCAUGUAUGUCCAUUUUAUACACAUUAUGCAUUCCUGGCAUGUUUUCCCAAUGUUCAUUCCUCAUGUUAGCAGCGUGUAUGCCCUCUCUACGCAAAUGUUUUUACGUCUUCUUCAGAAAUGUUUACAUCUCUUUACGCAAAGGUUUGUAGCCUGCCGCUUUAAAUAAGUACAUGCUUAUACCUCUGUUGUUAUCCUUCACAUACACUCAGUAUUUUGUUUGUCUUGUACUUUGCAGUGUUUAUUU